AUGGAUGAAGCUCAUGAUCAUUGCGGUAUGCUCUUCAAGCCUUUUCCUCGUCAAGGCUACCCUCCAAUUCCGAAGCCUCGUAUGGAGUGGAUCAAAAUUAAAGAACUUGGGAGAGGAUCGUACGGCAAGGUACAUUUAGCGGUAUGCACGAACUCAUAUCCUUCUUUUGGGUUAAUAGCAGUGAAGUCGGCGAUUCUUGAGCACUCUUUUUCGCUUCUGAAGGAGGCCAAAAUUCUUAAACGGUUUGUUGAUUGUUCUGAGAUUGUUCGUUGUUUCGGAGUUGAUUUGAGCGUUGAUCAACGCGGCCAAAGGUUCUACAAUUUACUGCUGGAGUACGCAUCGGGAGGUGAUCUCCAUGAUUUAAUGGAGAAAAGUGGAGGAAAGUUACAAGAAGGUGACGUCCAAAAGUAUACUCGAAUGAUUCUCAAAGGCCUUCAUUGCAUCCAUGAAAGGGGGUACGUUCAUUGCGAUCUUAAACCAGAAAACAUUCUUGUUUUCUAUUCUCCUAACGGCGCGAGCUACGUAAAGAUCACCGACUUUGGGUUAUCAAAGAUUCCUGGAGACAAAAAUGAGUUAAUUACAAGAAAGUCUGUUUUCCGAGGAACACCUAUUUACAUGUCUCCGGAAUCUGUUGUAGUUGGUGAAAUUCAAGGCGGUUUGGAUAUAUGGUCUCUAGGAUGCAUAGUAGUUGAGAUGAUCACCGGAAACCGGCCGUGGGAAUUCAUGGAAGACACGGAGAUGAAGGCUUUGAUGCUUCAGAUUGCUAUGGAGACACCCAAGAUUCCCGAAAACAUGUCAGAGAUUGGCAAGGAUUUCUUGCGAAGGUGUUUUGCGAGGGACCCGAGAAAGAGGUGGACGGCUGAGAUGCUACUGCGUCAUCCUUUUCUGGUUGAGACUACUGAUGUUCUACCAUUUACAACAACUGGUCUUUGUUUUUCUUCAUCAAUUUCAGGGAAACCGUACUCUUCAGAAAGGUUGCUGAUCCCUCCUCCUCCUGGAUUUGAAUCAGUUGCAAGGAAACCAUUUGUUCAGAAAAAUUUGGGUCCUCCUCCUGGGUUUGAAUCAAUUGCAAGGAAACCAUUUGUUCAGAAAAAUUUGGGUCCUCCUCCAGGGUUUUCUUCCAAAAGUAUCCUGGCAUAG